AAGGUUGAGGAUGAGCUUCGGAAGCUGGAGGCAGAUGGUAUCAUUGAAGAGGUCACUGGCCCGACGCCAUGGGUCUCGCCCAUUGUUGCAGCUCCUAAGCCUAAAGCUCCAAACAAAGUAAGGAUCUGUGUUGACAUGCGGCAAGCUAAUACGGCCAUAGAAAGAGAACGUCACAUCACUCCCACCAUGGACGACGUGAUACAUGAGUUAAAUGGAGCUACGGUGUUCUCUAAACUGGACCUGAGAGCUGGAUAUCACCAACUAGAGCUGCAUCCAGACAGUCUCUCUGGCGUCAAGAACCUCAGUGAUGACAUCAUAGUCUACGGCGCUUCUCAGAAGGAACAUGACUACAACCUAAGAGCGCUGUUCCAAAGACUCAAAGAAAGCGGUCUCACACUUAACCGUGAAAAAUGUGAGUUCAACAAAUCCAGGCUUCAAUUCUUCGGUUUUGUUUUCUCAGCACAAGGUGUUUCAGCUGACCCCAAGAAGGUCGCUGCAGUUCAACAUGCUGCAGAACCACAGACUGUCAGUGAAGUCAAGAGCCUGCUGGGCAUGGCCAAUUAUUGCUCCAGGUUUAUAAAAGACUAUGCCUCUAUCUCUGAGCCACUUCGCAAGAUAACCAGAAAGGACCUGCCCUGGGAAUGGGGUCCAGAACAGCAAGCUGCAUUUCAAGCACUAAAGAACGGUCUAACAAGUGACACAGUUAUGUCAUACUUUGACCCAAGCAAAGAGACUGAGUUAGUUGUGGAUGCUAGCCCUGUCGGACUGGGUGCUAUUCUCAGUCAAAAGGAUGAAAAAGGAGAAAAGCAUAUAAUAGCGUAUGCUAGUCGAUCUCUCAGUGAUGUGGAGAGGAGAUAUUCACAGACAGAGAAAGAAGCUCUGGCCAUUGUGUGGAGUUGUGAACACUUCCAUCUGUACAUUUAUGGUCAUCCUGUAACUCUAGUAACUGACCACAAAGCUCUGGAGAUUAUAUGGAACAACCCAAGAUCAAAACCUCCUGCCAGAAUUGAGAGAUGGGGACUAAGACUUCAGCCCUACGACUUCAAGAUGGAGUACAGAAAAGGAGCUGACAACCCUGCUGACUACAUGUCCCGUCACCCCAUCCGUUUUGACACAGCUGACAACGCACGUGCAACGAAAGUGGCAGAGGAGUAUGUUAACUUCAUCGUGAGUAAUGCGAUACCAAAAGCUAUGACACUCGCUGAGAUCAAAGCUGAGACUCUUAAAGACACAAUCCUUCAAGAGUUCAGUGAGUGCAUCAGACACAACACAUGGAACAAAAUGGACAAGUCACGUAAUACAGACAUACUAAAGCAGUUCAAACAAGUUAGCAGUGAACUAUCAAUAUCACAUGACUCAGACAUCGUACUGCGGGGGACUAGAAUAGUUAUUCCCACUUCCCUACAAGAGAGAGUGCUACGGUUAGCCCAUGAAGGACAUCAGGGAAUUGUUAAAACUAGAACACUACUCAGAACCAAGGUAUGGUUUCCAGACAUUGAUCGAAAAGCAGAAACAGCAGUACGCAGUUGUCUCGCAUGUCAAGUCAAUACACCAGUUACACAGAAUGAGCCACUAAAAAUGUCAGUUCUACCAGAAUCUCCAUGGCACAGUGUGAGUGCAGACUUCUAUGGACCGCUCCCAACGGGAGAGUAUUUGAUUGUUGUCAUAGAUGAUUACACACGUUAUCCAGUUGUCGAGAGUGUAAGCUCAACUUCGGCAAACACCGUCAUUCCGGUCAUAGACAAGGUCUUCUCAAUGUUUGGGAUCCCCAGAGUUGUAAAAACCGAUAAUGGACCGCCAUUCAACAGUGAUCAGUUCUCCCAGUUCGCAGACUAUCUAGGAUUCGAACAUCGCAAGAUCACACCGCUUUGGCCCCAAGCCAAUGCUACAGCUGAAAGAUUCAUGCGGACCCUGGGGAAAGCUAUCCGUGUUGCGGACACACAGGGAAUGCACUGGAAACAACAACUGAACAUCUUCCUACGUGAGUACCGAUCCACACCUCACAGCACAACAGAGAGCUCACCCGCUGAACUUUUAUUCCAACGCAAGAUGUUCACGAAGAUUCCUUCAUUCACUCAAACACCGAGUAACAGUACAGAUUCUGAAGUGAGAGCAAAGGACAACAAGGCUAAGGACAAAAUGAAAUCUCAUGCUGACUUUCAUCGUCAUGCCAAACCACACACACUUACUCCAGGGGACACUGUACUUCAUCGUCAGCCCAAGAAAAACAAGCUCACCACACCAUACAACAACAAGCCAUACACUGUGACCAAUACCAAAGGCUCCAUGGUUACAGCGGCUAGAGAUGGGCACUGCAUCGACUACAAAUAA